CUUUGACUCCUAGGCGUGUUUUCUUGCCAUUGAUGAAGCGCACUCACGGAGCUUGCGGGGAGAGUCACAAGGAAGAGUGGGGAAAGAAAUCAGGCUAACGCUCGCCGUGUCCAGAAAUCAUCCUCACUUAGCACGACAGUCACACCUCAAACAAGAAGAUCAUUACAAAAUAAUAAAAAAAAGAAAAGAAACACGCAUAUAUCUUAAUCCUCGCGAUUGAGAAAGGUGAAAGGAAGACGCGUCGGCAUGAGAAAAAAUCAAUUGCAAAACGAACUGAAUGCAUUCCCGGGGACCUCCAUGUGAAGACAGAAGAAUUGUGUUUUUUUUCUUGAAUAGGUGAAAAAUCUGAAUUUGCUGCGCAAGGACUGGAUGUUAUCGAGAUUUUAAUAAGGGGAUGUGUACAGCAAGUGUGGAUUGUGGAAAAAACAAAAGACCACUCGGGUUGGAAAAAAUGGAUUUCUCUGAAUAAACGUGUUUCCUAAAAUGAUAUGAUCCGAAUUAAAUGGUGGAAUUUCGAAAAUAUAUCGAAACAUUUACCACAGGAUUAAACCUGAUUUAAAAAGAUACAGAUGCAUGUAUUUUAAGUAACAACUAAAAUAUUCUAAAGGGUAAAAAAAUAAAUAAAUAAAUAAAAUAAUAUGCAACCAUAAAGCCAAGGAUUGUGAAAGACCAGAGCAGCGUGAAUAAUCUGUUUACCAGCAGUGCUCCGGUGGAAGGAAAUAUAUAUAUCUGUAUAUUUAAAGAAGACAUUGCAGAAGGAUUAUUGUUUGUUUGUUUGUUUAAAUAUGAAAAAACAAUAUAUGAUUUGGCUGUUGAGGUGACAGACAAGUGGAAUGUGAAACCCUGGCGGUGGGACAAGCACAGUACAGUCGUGGUAGAAAACUAAAGGAACAUUUGACGUGACUCAAAUACAUUUAAAAUACUUUAAUAAAAAAGGGGGAAAAAGAAACAAACAAUUCACACAAAGGCAAGAAAAUGUCAGCCAUAAUGGUAUCUAAGAAGGUGUUACGAAAAUGGGAAAAGCUCCCUGGGAAAAACACAUUUUGCUGUGACGGGAGGGUCAUGAUGGCACGGCAGAAAGGCGUGUUUUAUCUAACCUUGUUUCUCAUUGUCGGGACCUGCGCGCUGUUCUUCGCAUUCGAGUGUCCAUACCUGGCAGUUCACCUGUCCCCAGCCAUCCCCGUCUUUGCCAUCGUCCUGUUCUUCUUUGUCAUGGCAACGCUGCUGCGCACCAGCUUCAGUGACCCGGGGGUGCUGCCCAGAGCCUUGCCCGAUGAGGCCACCUUCAUCGAGAUGGAGAUCGAAGCAGCCAAUGGGAACGUCCCAGCUGGCCAGCGCCCGCCUCCCCGGAUCAGAAACGUUCAAAUCAAUAACCAGAUUGUGAAGCUCAAGUACUGCUACACCUGCAAGAUCUUCCGUCCGCCCCGCGCCUCCCACUGCGGGAUCUGUGAUAACUGUGUCGAGCGUUUUGAUCACCACUGCCCAUGGGUGGGAAACUGCGUUGGGAAGAGGAACUACCGCUACUUCUACCUGUUCACACUCUCGCUGUCCCUCCUCACCAUCUACAUCUUCACCUUCGACAUCGUCCACGUGGUGCUGCGCUCGGUGGAUUCUGGGUUUGUCAACACCCUCAAAGACACCCCUGGAACUGUCCUGGAGGUCGUGGUCUGCUUCUUCACGCUGUGGUCUGUGGUGGGACUCACAGGCUUUCAUACCUACCUGGUGUCGCUCAAUCAAACCACCAACGAAGACAUUAAAGGCUCGUGGUCAGGGAAGAACCGGGUGCAGAACCCCUACAGCCACCGAAACAUCAUGAAGAACUGCUGUGAGGUGCUGUGCGGGCCAAUGCACCCCAGUGCUCUGGACCGGCGUGGGGAAUUGAUAGAGUUGGCCUUGGCCCCUGUCCCAAUACCAGCCUCCAAGAACAAUAAGGAGAACCCACAAACUACUAAAACCACGGCACCGCUGAUUCCCAACGAGCACACCCCUGAUGAUGUGAAGUCCAGCAUAGCACCGGAGACGGAGGGGGACGUGGUAGAAAAGCUGUCCCCUUUGGAAAACAAGCCCCCUCCCAGCGAGCCGCCCACACCGCCCCCAGCAGACCCGGCAGAGACCACCGCGGUGCUGGAGGAGGCCUUCUAACAGCAGGCUGGGCUUGGCCAGUCUCCAAAAGGGCAGGAAUGCCCUGAACGAUUUCUCCUGCAGUAUUAAACAAUAACGAUUCAUUCUGUGGAAGUGAACGAACACACGAAAAAAAAAAAAAAAAAAUCUUCGUUUGCAACUCUGCCUUUAAACGGGAAACCGAAGAACUCUUGUGAGUCUCGUCUUCUCAUUCCGCCCGAUCGGCCAGUCCCCGUCAAUCAGUGGGGCCUUGCAUUCCUGCUUAUCCUCUCGGUGCAUUGCGCAGGUUUCUAUGUCACUGAGAAAUAAUGAAGGUGUGUUUUUUUUUUUUUGGUCAAGCUGGGGGCCCGACAGUUGUUUUGGGAUAGAUUGAAGGAUAUGACCUCAGAGGCUAAAUGAAACUCCAUCCAUGCACGGGACACAAAAACUCCAAACCCUUUCAAAGGCAGAAGAUAUCCUGACAGCUUUGCAGACAACUGCUAGUCGAUGGCUUGUUCUGAAGUGUUGUUGCUGUUAAUUAUUUCUGUUUGUUUGUCUUUUUUGAUCUGUUUACUUUAUUGAGAUAUGUGGUGAAAUCAGGUUUACUCUUAAUAUGAAUUUAUACAAAAAAAAAAAAAUUAAAAACAUACCUGACAUGAAGUACAGUACUUGGUCAUCUGCUCCUAGAAAAGUCUUGCUAAGAAAACUUAAUGAAAUACCUGAAUCACUGUUUGCACAGAAUAAGAUUACAUUUUCAAAGCAGUGAUGGGAGUGCAUGGCAUAAUGCCACAGUAGCACCUCUUGUAAGUUCAUUAAUGAAGGCGAUGUGUUUUAUAGAGAAAGUCACCUUGGAGAGCACAUCCAGUCUCCUUAAAGUAGCACGAUUGUGUCUUUCAAUACUUUCCAAUGACAACUGUGUUGCUGUAACAUGUAUUGAUAUUUUUAUUGGACUUGCAAGAAGAUUACCCUCAUUUUCUUCUUUCCCUUAUGCAAAACCAUUAAGGUAUUUGACAACUGUGGCACUAUGUGUGCGUUUUAUUUUAUUUUGGUCAACUCUUUGACUUCCAAUCCUGAUCUCUGUGUGGUUUGUAGCUUGCUUGGUUAUGGACAAUAGGGUUUGUGUUUUAGUGUUGUAAUUGUGGAGGUUACCUUUCAUAGUUUUCAUUGCAAUACUGUACAAUGUUUUGCUACAUAACUACGAUGGGCUGGUUUGUUUUGUGUGUUUGCUGUUUCACUCCUCUGCAAAGUUGAAGGACAACAGCAAAAAAACAAGGACUUCAGCCUUAUUACAUUUCUGUAUUCUAAUCCUGAAGGGCCAAUUUAGCAUUUUCACUCCCAAGUUUUGUUGGAUCCUAUUGGUGCCAAGAGUAUGCUAUUCAUUCAAUCAGAGCACCAGCAUUUUUGCAGAAGGGCGCAUUAACAAGGAGGGUUUUGUUUUGAGUGUAUGUUAUAUGUUUGUACCUGUGCCUUAUUUGAAGCUGCACUAUCCCAUGUUUCACACAGUUAGAACAUUUCUGAAGAAGCCUCUGCAGUUCAAUCUGGGGGUUGUUUGGAACUCCCUCGGAGAACGUUUCUUUGGUGGCAGCAUGACCUCGAUAUUAAAAGCCAUUUUUUGUCGCAGAGGGAAGGGAUGUAAAAUCUAUAGUGUAGAUCUGGGCAAACAAUAAAUGUGGAAUUUUGUUGCAUGCUACACAUGACGGUUUUAAAAUAAAUAAAUAAAUAAAU